ACCAUUGCACUCUAGCCUGGGUGACAGAACGAGACUCCAUCUCAAAUAAUUAUAAUAAUAAUAAUUAAUUAAGGUGGCAGCCAGUCAUAUUUCCAUUGCUUUACUGAGAGAGGUGGGGCCUCCCAGGAUGCAGCCGUGCACAGCCUGGGUGACGGGUGCCCGUGCAGACCUGGCUGUGUUGACUCCCCGGCCCCCGUCGGGUUCCCUGUCAUGCUUCGACUUCGUGGGAGCACAAGUCCAUGUGCUGCUGUUAAAGCCAUCGCCUCCUGCCCGCGGGCUUGCACCCAGCUGAAUUGAUUCUUCAAAGAAACUGUUUGCAUCUGUUUUAAGCCUGUCUCCUUGGGAACCUGCAAUUCUCAGAGCCCACUGGCUUGAAGGCAAAUGCCUUUCAUGGAGGCGGCAGGAAGAAGCUGACAUCCAGCCAGGGCCAAAGAAGGAAAACCACUCAGCGGGAGAGCUGGGGGACAAGACACGAGACAGACCCACAGCGCCACCUCCACCCUCUCCUGCGGCCGGGAGGGAGACUGCUGGGGCCUCGCCGUCUCUCCGGAUGGGUUGCUUGUGGAGAAAGACCUUGUCUGUCUUUCUUGGUUUUGUGACUAUAUAUCUACAUGAGGCUUCAUCGCAAGAAGCCGCCCCAGCGGGGCCCAGGAAACCGUUUUUCGAGAGGCUCCGUAGACUGGAGGAGCAGUUCCGGAGAUUCCAGGCAGUGACCUUGACGCACCUGCAGAGCGUCGCCAGCAACUACAACGUGUCCUACAACGUCGAUGUCCGGUUCCGCAGCCUGGCGGAAGAGAGCCAGGCCGUGGCUCAGGCGGUCAACCAGUCACAGGCCGUGGUGCAGGGGGAGCUGGUGCAGCUCAAGGCCUGGGUGAGGAAGCUGCAGCGCCGAAGCCGGAAGAUAGACAUGCGGCUGCGGGCCUUGGACCUCGCCCUGGGCGAGAGGAGCCAGCAGCAGGCCCGGGAGAGGAAGGCGCACGAGGCUCAGGGGGACGCCCUGCAGGACUCACUGGCACGCCUGGAGGGCCUCGUCCACAGCCAGGGCGCCAGGCUGGCUGCUCUGGAGGGGUGGCUGCCCGUGGCCCACCCUGGCAUCACAGCCUUGGGGCCGGCCCUGGUCCCAGCCCCAACCCAGCCUGGUCUGCUGGGCCCGAGCUCCCUGAAGCUUCAGAGGGACAGGCAGGAGCUCCAAGCUGCAUGCGAGCACAGGGGCCCCCGGCAGGACUCCUCGGCCCCUCUCCAGGGGACUCGGGAGCCCCCAGGCUCAGGCAGCCAUCGGGUACUCAAUGGGACUGCCACGGCCCCAAAAGAUCCUCCACGGCAGGCAUGGUCCCCCCGGGGGCCAGGAGAGAUUUGCGGCGUGGGCCCCACCCUCGUUUUUCCGAACGCCUCCACCAAGAACGUGGUCUUCCUCAGCCCCGGCUUCGUCACUGCCCUGCGAGCCGUGUCCUUCUGCAGCUGGGUCCGCACGGCGUCGGGCCACCUGGGCACCCUCCUGUCCUACGCCACCGAGGACAAUGACAACAAGCUGGUGCUGCACGGCCGAGACUCCCUGCUGCCCGGAUCCAUCCACUUCGUGAUCGGGGACCCGGCCUUCAGGGAAUUGCCCCUGCAGCCGCUGCUGGACGGCCAGUGGCACCACAUCUGUGUCAUCUGGACGUCCACUCAGGGCAGGUACUGGCUCCACGUGGAUCGCAGGCUGGUGGCCACCGGCUCCCGCUUCAGGGAGGGCUACGAGAUCCCCCCCGGAGGGUCCCUGGUGCUGGGCCAGGAGCAAGACAGCGUGGGGGGCGGGUUCGACAGCUCCGAGGCCUUCGUGGGGAGCAUGUCUGGCUUGGCUAUCUGGGAUCGGGUGCUGGUUCCCGGGGAAGUUGCAAACCUUGCCAUUGGGAAAGAGUUCCCAGCAGGUGCCAUCCUGACGCUGGCCAAUGCUGCACUGGCAGGCGGAUUUGUGCAGAGGGCCAACUGCCCCUGUCUGGAGCACUGUCCCUGAGGCCAAGCUGCACAGGGGCCGAGGCCAGCGAGAGGAGCGUGCUCCCAUCCACGUUCCGCCAUCGCCCCCUCCCCCAGCACAUUCUACAAAGGCCACCCCACCCGCCCUGGCUGUGCACACCUGCGUCCUCACAUAGGGGUGCCCGUUCCAUCCUGGGGGUUGGGGUGGUGGACAGGGAGCGAGCAGGGACAGAGCAAGCCUGGGGUCAAGGUGGCCCACAAGCCCGUGUUUCUUCCAUCACCAUGGAGUUCUUACUUCCUGCACUUUCUUCCUUUCUUUUCUUUUCUUUUUUUUUUGAGAUGGAGUCUCACUCUGUCUCCCAGGCAGGAGUGCAAUGGCAUGAUCUUGGCUCACUGCAACCU